CUCCUCAUCAGCACAGCGGCUAAGCUAACCGGUGAGGGAGCUCGCAUUCUUCUGCACUUCCUCACGCUGGAAACACCGGACAAGGAUGUUGGCAGAGACACGUGUGGCUGGACUGCAGUCUCUCCUGGCUGCGUUUCUGCUCUUCUCAUUGGAACAUGAUAUAACACGGGGUGAAACUGUAGUGCACAUGCGGAAGGUGACUCACCAGGCGGUGCAGAUGCCGCUCUCUAGUACUGCUGUGCUGCCCUGCAUCUUUGCCCUACAUCCCGCCCCCAGUGAGGAGACUCCUCGCAUCAAGUGGACCAAAAUUUGGGGCCACCGUGGUCUGGAUGGCCUACAGAGGGAGCAGUCUGUAUUGGUGGCAAAAGGUAACGUGGUAAAGGUGAAGAAAGCCUUUCAGGGGCGUGUCACUUUGCCCGGCUACUCAGAGAACCACUACAAUGCCAGCCUGGCACUGACUGGCCUGAGAUCCAGCGACUCUGGGAUGUAUCGCUGCGAGGUAGUGGUGGGCAUUGACGACGAACAGGACACUGUACCCCUCAAGGUCACAGGGGUGGUGUUUCACUACCGAGCCCCUCAUAACCGCUAUGCCUUGUCGUUUCCUGAUGCUGAGCAGGCAUGUUUGGAAAACUCUGCAGUGAUUGCCACACCUGACCAGCUGCAGGCCACAUUUGAUGAUGGCUAUGAUAACUGUGAUGCAGGCUGGCUGUCUGACCAGACCGUAAGGUAUCCUAUUCAGACUCCUCGACCAGGCUGCUAUGGCGACCGGGAUGAUUUACCUGGUGUGAGAAACUAUGGCGCUCGUGCCACUGAUGAGCUGUUUGAUGUCUAUUGCUUUGCUGAUAGUCUGCCAGGUGAGGUGUUUCACAUCAGUGUACCAGAGAGACUGAACCUGGCCACAGCCUCCACUCACUGUCACGCACUGGGCGCUCAGCUGGCCACAGUGGGUCAGCUUUUCCUAGCAUGGCAAGCAGGACUGGACCACUGUGACCCAGGCUGGCUGGCUGAUGGAAGCGUGCGAUAUCCAAUCAAUCAGCCACGCCGCAACUGCGGAGGGGAAGAUCCGGGAGUGCGCACUCUCUACCACAACCCCAAUCGCACCGGCUUCCCUGACACCACCAGCCUGUUUGAUGCCUACUGUUACCGGGAGAACCAGCCAGAACCAAGAGCACUGUUUCAGACUUUACAGAAUUCCAGCUCAAACUCCACAGAUGAUUCGGAAUAUCUCCAACGAAACACAGCCUUUCCAGAGCCUUCCACCUGGACCGGCCUGGUGGACAUAAAUAAGGAAGAGUUCAACUCCAUCCUAGAGAGUGAGUCCUCUGAGAUCUCAGAAGAGCAUGUAGUAAUCCAUCUCAAGCCUGUAGAGAGAUCAGAAGAUGCUUUCAAAGAUAAAGCCCCUGUUCUGAAGAACCAGGUGGAGCUCAGGAGCCAAGGAGACGCAGCAAGCGAGGAUCUCGAUGAGGGAGAAGUUACUGUAGGGUACGGCACGUCCUCUGACCCCUCCUCAGCUGUGUUAUCCACACAGGCUCAAACCAGCAACAGCAUGCUCUUUGAUUUUGUCAAUUCCAUCAUGACACCAUGGAAAUACUGGACCGGCAGUGACCACACAGAUGCCUCUUCAACAGUGUCAAGCCAGUUAAAAGAGACAUCAGAGGAACUCCAGCCUGCCAAAAUAAAACCCACUGGUGGACUUAUGGGGAUUAAAGACAGAACUGAUAAUGCUAUCUUAGAGCCUAAACAUGUGGAGGCUUCAACUAAUCCUGCCACGUUGUAUGAAGAGGAAGGACUUUUGCAGCAGGAGAGAGAACUGGUUCUGCCAGUCCCAGGUCAUAAGCUGAAGAAUUCCAGCAGGUCUCAGACACAGUCUUCAGUUUUACAACCAGUGCCAUCCAAUGGAGUAAUUGCGGCUGGAGGAGUGGAAAGGAUGAAUCCCACAGCUGUGACGAGUCUCCCUGGUUUUGGCUCUGUGCCAGAGCUAGGCAGCCAGCAGAGAUGGGCAUUAAAAGCUCUAAAAGGAUACGCUGCCUUAAGCAGUAAUGGACUCCUCAUGACCCAGACCCAUGGACCAAUGGAGACUAAAAGAGGAGGACUGGAGAUCAUGACGUUUCCGGUGUCUGUGGACAACCAUGAAAAUUUCUCUGGGGUAGAACAGGAUCUGGUUGACAUAAAUAAUCCAUUAUCUGAGGUGGUCACUGCCCAGCCCUCUUCACAAGGAGGGAUUUCAGAGGAGGAGAAGGAUACCGAGGGCAGUGGAGGAAAUGACCUGUUUGUUUCUAACAUUGCAACAAAACAGACAACUCCAUCUGAUAUCCAGAAUGAGCUCCUGCAAACAACAGCUCAAUGGCAGCUUCACGAUCUAACAACUGGACUUCCCUCAGGUGGUGCCAGUGUUUCUGGAUUAAAGCAGGGUGUGUCAGGCACAAUAGCUGCCAAGGAGGCCAGAGGGGAGAUCCUCUACAUACACAAUCCUACAGGAAGUGCUUUUUUAAACAGGAUCACAGUGCCUUCGGUUAUAAAGAAGCUGAGCACAGAUGCAACAACAACGUCUUAUGUGGUCACAACUCCAGAACUCACCCCAGAAGCUACAAGUGCUCCAGACCAAACACCAAGCACAUCCACACUGACCACAGCUAACAGUCAAAGUCAAACUGCAGAUGCCACCACUCCAGAGUAUAUCAUCUCUACCACAGAUCCCACAAUUCAACAUGUGGCCCAAGGACCACAUACACGUGUGUCAACAACAUCUGGGACCAUUAAAGGAACUGAAAUCACAACCAACACACUUCAGCUGAGCAUGCCAGAUAAAAAGGAAACUUCCCAGCAGACAGAGACCGUGACGAGGGUCACAGAGUCAUUUAAUUCAGAGAACCGGGACCGCCCAUCCACAAGUAGCACAGAUGGAAAUAUCUCAAGUGAAACUAAAUUCAACAAUGACAACAGCUCCUCAGCAGGAUCAGCAGAGGAAGAUCCAUGCCUGAUGAACCCGUGUCUGCAUGGUGGCAGCUGCCUGAGGGAGGGUGAAGGCUACAGCUGCCUCUGCCCUCUGGGAUAUUACGGAGAGAGCUGUGAGAUUGAUAUUGAUGAAUGUCAGUCAAACCCAUGUCUGAAUGGAGGCACCUGCAUCGAUGAGAUCAACUCGUUUGUGUGCCUGUGCUUACCCAGCUAUGGAGGAGCCAUAUGUGAAAAAGACACUGAGGGCUGUGAUCAUAAUUGGAGAAAGUUCCACGGGCAUUGUUACAGGUAUUUUGUUCACCGGCGCACCUGGGAAGAUGCAGAGAAAGACUGCAGAGAGCACAACGGCCAUCUGGCCAGCAUUCACACCAGUGAGGAGCAGAGGUUCAUCAAUGGUAUGACCCACGAGAACACCUGGAUUGGUCUGAAUGACAGAACAGUAGAAGAGGACUUUCACUGGGCUGAUAACAUGGAUCUGCAAUAUGAAAACUGGCGGGAGAACCAGCCUGAUAAUUUCUUUGCGGGCGGAGAGGACUGUGUGGUGAUGAUUGGCCAUGAGAACGGUAAAUGGAAUGACGUGCCCUGCAACUACAAUCUUCCCUACAUCUGCAAGAAAGGCACAGUGCUGUGCGGUCCUCCUCCUAUAGUGGACAAUGCUUUUCUGAUUGGCCGCAAGCGUUCACACUACGACAUCCAUUCGGUGGUUCGCUAUCAGUGUGAAGACGGCUUCCUGCAGCGCCACAUCCCCACCGCCAAGUGCCGCGCCAGUGGAAAAUGGGACCACCCCAGAAUCAUCUGUACGAAAUCUCGGAGAUUCCAUCGCAACCGUCGCCAUCAUCACAAGUCACAUCAUGAGCGCAGAAGGCACAGGAGACACGGUUUAGGGGGUCAUCGGGGUAGACAGGAGGGUCGCGGCCAUUUUUAACCAAAUAAAACCCUCGCCUCUUUGUCGAAAUGAAGUUCUACUUGUUACUGCACAGUCAGAAACAUUCUCCCUCCUGCCUCUUAUCUGCCCUCUGUCCAAUUUAACCCUGUGAUCAAAGGGGCACUGCUAGAGCUCAUACGGACUAUAAUAAUUUUCAUGAUACCAACUACACCCUGUUUGUCUGUUUUAUUGUACCUUCUCUGAGUCUACAAAAGGGAGUUUAUUCAGAUCUGCUAUUAAAACUCUCUUUGGUCCUGUA